AUGUCAGCAUUUGUCGUUGGUCCGAACGAUAAACUUGAUGACUCUCUUUCCAUAGUUCAAGAUAGUAACCCUUUAUUAUCUUCCGAGCCACAAAUUCAAGACCUUCACGAGAUUCAGAAUACCAUUGAUGUUACCCGUCUCCGUAUUGAUCAGGACAUCGAGAAACUGGAAGGGGCCAUCCGAGCGCUCAAGUCUCGCCGCAAUAGCUUAGCUGCCAUAUCACGCCUCCCCCCUGAAAUACUCUCCAAGAUAUUCGUAUAUUGCGCAGCCACUUACGAGCUCCCGCAGCUCACUUUGGAUUGGGCUAAAAUCACUCAUGUCUCACGCCAUUGGCGAAACGUGGCUAUCGGUUGUCCUCACCUAUGGACAACGCCUGUUUUCGCGCGACCGAGGUGGGUGGAAGAGAUGUUGAAGAGGUCCAAAAUGGCUCUUCUUUUCAUUGAUGCCCGGUUUACAUACAUGGCGGCCCCAAAAUAUGAAGCCAUUCAACUGGCCAUGAACCACAUUUCUCGUACACGGGAGUUGAAGUUAGAUUCCUCGUGUGCAUGGUUUGGAAAAAAACUUUUUUCGAGUGUCCCCAGAGCAGCACCCAUGCUUCAGACCCUCGUGCUGUCUACUUCAACAAUGUAUUCUGCAGAGCCGUUUCUUGACAACUACUCCAUUCCUCCAGAACUCUUUAGCGACGACUCCUCUCAGCUCCGAUGCCUCGAACUAACACAUUGCGAUAUCGAUUGGACAUCCCACCUUCUCAGAGGUCUUACACACCUAAAAAUCCACAAUACUGCCCCAGGAACUAGACCAUCUACACUCCUUUUUCUCGAUGUUCUAGAGCAACUUCCAACCCUCACAGUACUCGAUUUAAAGGACGCUCUUCCCCAUGUCAGUGCUGAUGGCUCUUCAACGGUGUCAUACAAACGCAAGAUUGAACUGCGCUCGUUGACAAAUCUACAUCUCUCGGGCUCCAAUUACGACUGCUCUGAUGCAUUGAGGCAUCUAUCUGUGUCAUCUAUUGCUACCCUCAAGCUAUAUUGCCGAAGCACAGCGGUCUCUGAAGCUGAUUUCUCCAGUAUCCUGACCUUUGUCAGCGGCUUUUGGGAACCAGCAGCUAGCAUUUCGAGUGCUGCAAAACCACCCAUCCGCAGUCUCAAAAUCGUGAGCGAUGAUUCAACGGGCUUCAGUUUACUAGCCUGGCCUGCCAUGUUGUCGUUUGAAAGGUUAUCUGGAGAUCUGGAUCUGGAUCUGCCUUCCAUAGAGUUGGGUUUCCAAUGGUCUUCAACCAUCAUGCCCGGAAUUUGGAAUAAGGUAUUCGGAGAGACCUGUGCUGCUUUACCUUUGGAGCAGCUCGCCUCGUUGGACGUUUCCGCAAGCCAGAUGGCAGAACAAACGUGGUUGAGGAUGUUUGGGAAGCUUACACAUCUAAAAUUCAUACGUUUACUAGGGAUGGCCGCACACACGCUUCUGUCAGCCAUGAUUGCUGAGCCUAGUAAUACCACCGGCGCAAGUGCGCGCGCGAAUUCAUCGACGAGGAAACGCUCACGCAAUCGGAGAAAGAUCCCGCCCGCAGUCUACUUUCCCGCCCUGCGCCAUCUUACAAUUGAAGACACAAGUUUUGAUUCAGGUUACGAUGACGAAUAUGCCGAGCUGGAGGAUUUGAAGGACUGCCUGAUGGAACGUUACGAGAGGAAGGCCGAAGUGCACAAGCUGACACUUUGGCGAUGUCAUCGCCUGACGGCAGAGCAUGUUGAUGAGCUUGGAGAAAUUGUCGUCGAUGUGAUUUGGGAUGGGUUGGAGACAGGUUUUACCGAAUCGGACUUCAGUACAGAUUAUUAUGGCGAUCAUUUUGGGGACUCGGAUAUCGAUGAUCACAUACAUGAGAGUCAAUCCAGUAUACUUUCCCGUCUCCGUCUUACAAUUGCAAGCGCGAAUUUUCAUUCAGGUCAUAAUGGAGAAUCUGCCAAGCUGGAUGAUUUGAAGGACGGCCGAUGGAACGUUACUGGAGGGAGGCCGAAGUGUGCCAUGAGCUGACGCUUUCUCGAUGUCAUCGCCUGACGACAAGGCAUGUGGACGAACUUAGAGAAAUCGUUGUCGAUGUGAUUU